CUCUCUCUCUCUCUCUCUCUCUCUCUGAAUCAGACUCGAAGUGUAAGAACUCAGGAGCUGAUUGAAGAAGAUCAAUGGGAACCCUCGGAAGAGCGAUAUACAGUGUUGGAUUCUGGAUUCGAGAGACCGGUCAAGCCAUUGAUCGCCUCGGUUCUCGCCUCCAGGGUGGCUACUUCAUCCAAGAGCAGCUGUCGAGGCAUCGGACUCUGAUGAACAUAUUUGAUAAGGCUCCUACUGUUGAUAAGGAUGUAUUUGUUGCACCAAGUGCCUCUGUCAUUGGAGAUGUUCAAGUUGGAAAAGGGUCAUCGAUUUGGUAUGGAACUGUCUUGCGAGGUGAUGUAAACAGUAUUAGAGUUGGAAGUGGAACGAACAUACAAGAUAACUCCCUGGUUCAUGUUGCAAAAUCAAAUUUAGGUGGGAAGGUGUUGCCCACUAUUAUUGGGAAUAAUGUUACUGUAGGUCAUAGUGCUGUUUUACAUGGUUGCACUGUUGAAGAUGAGGCUUUUGUUGGUAUGGGCGCAAUUCUACUUGAUGGUGUCGUUGUUGAGAAAAAUGCCAUGGUUGCUGCUGGAGCCCUUGUGAGACAGAAUACAAAGGUUCCAUCUGGCGAGGUAUGGGCAGGCAAUCCAGCAAAGUUCCUGAGAAAGCUCACUGAUGAAGAGAUAGCUUUUAUCUCCCAGUCAGCCACCAAUUAUACCAACCUUGCACAAGUCCAUGCAGCUGAAAAUUCAAAAUCGUUCGAUGAAAUUGAGUUUGAGAAGGUUCUGCGUAAGAAGUUUGCACGUAGAGAUGAGGACUAUGACUCUAUGAUUGGGGUUGUUCGUGAGAUCCCACCAGAACUUAUUCUUCCCGAUAAUGUCUUGCCUGAUAAAGCAGACAAAGCCAUCCAAAAAUGAGGUCUUUAAAAGCAUUGUCUUCCAUUCCAAAUUUCUAAUCUUGAAAUGACAUCAAGGGAUAUCACGCUUUUUUUUUUGUUUCAAAAUCAUGGAGGGAUUAUUUCCAUUCCCAAUAAUACAGGACAUGUUUUAGGCUAGAAUUAUGGCUCCUUUGGAGAUCCAGUAAGAAAUUGUUCCAUAAUAUUUCAAACUUGGUGCAUGUUUGAAAAUCUUUCCAGAAUCAAAUCUGCGGAGAAGCUCUUGUGAGUAGCUUUUGAAUGUCUGUGUUGAUUCUGACGAAAAAGAAACUGAUCUAAACAUGCUAGAAUUGUCUGUCUGUCUUUUGAUGUAUCCUAUUCCUAUGCAAAGUGAUUUCAAUUUUUUU